AUGUACCGUCCAGAUCCGCUCUCCAUCUCGCCUUCGAGAACACCAGGACGAGACAGCGCAGCCCAAUCAAGCGGCCAACGCUCCCCAGCCCUGCCCCCAUUUCCGCACCGAAGAGCCAGCGAAACAUCAACUUCCUCGACCGCCUCAUCCGAGUUCAUGCCUGCCACCGGGCCACGCUGUGCUGGUCGACAUGCGGAGGAGAGUCUGAACUCCGGCGUUGCCACGAAUCCGAGGCGGUCAGGAUCAGGGGAGCCGAAGCUGAAGCCGAGCCGGCGGCAUAGUUCGCACGAUCCGUCCAAGGUCAACGUCUAUACUGAGUGCGGGAGACACGGCGAUGACUGGCUGUUUGGGGGCUUCUCGGUUGCGGGUGCUGUGAGGAAGCUUUGGGAUAAGGAGAGCAAACAUUAG